AUCGAAACGCCUACUCUUUCUCAGUUGAUUCGAGCUGCCAAUCUGUCGGCAGAGGCGGUAUUUUGUCGUAACCACCAGUCUCCUCGCGAUUCGAUUAUUGCUGAGUAUCACUCACACGUAUUUGCUGUUCGAAACUACCUAAGCGGCGUGCGA